GAUUCUGUUUAUAGCAGAAAGGAAUUUCCGGAGGAGAGAAAAAGGUUUCGAGUGUUAUUUUUUUUUGCUGAAGAAUUAAAAUGAUUCGCAGAAUAUUUUUCUACGAUUUAUCUACCAGGAGAAAUUGAGAAUUUGAGGAUUUUAUGUGAAAAACUACCACUGAAAUAUUAAUCAUUGAGGAUGUCGGUAGUGAAACCAAAUCGUUGGAGAAUAAGGAGAGAUGGCAACUGGAUAAGCAAAUUCGUAAAAAAACGAAUACCAAUUGUCUCUUGGCUUCCAAAGUAUGAUUCGGAUAAAUUUUUUAACGAUGCAAUUGCUGGUAUUACAGUUGGACUGACAGUAAUGCCCCAAGGGCUUGCAUAUGCAACACUGGCAGGUUUGGAACCACAGUAUGGACUCUAUUCGGCAUUCAUAGGCGCCAUAGUUUACGUUUUCUUUGGAUCCUGCAAAGACAUAACAAUUGGUCCCACAGCUUUGAUGUCACUCAUGACCCAUGAAUACGUGCGAGGUCGAAGUGUGGACUUCGCAAUCCUCCUCGCUUUUUUAUCAGGUUGCAUGCAACUGAUGAUGGGCUUCUUGAGACUAGGAGUGCUCGUCGACUUUAUAUCGGUUCCCGUGACGGUAGGCUUCACAUCAGCAACAUCAGUGAUCAUCGUAGUCUCGCAAUUAAAAGGGCUCCUAGGCCUCAAGAUUUCAUCCUCAGGUUUCAUGGACACCUUAAAAGCUGUCUUUGAGAACAUCGGAAACACCAGUCUCUGGGACACCGCCAUGAGCUUCACCUGCAUCAUCAUCCUCCUCAUAUUCAGAAAAAUGAAAGACAUCAAACUCUGCGGCGAAGGCGAGAAGCCGACGAAGCGACAGCUCGUAAUGAUGAAAAUCAUCUGGCUACUCUCGACCGCCAGAAAUGCGAUUGUCGUCGUCAUAUGCUCAGUAAUUGCCUACAAGAUGGAAUCUUUGAAUAAUUCGCCCUUCAUUCUCACCGGCCCCGUCAGAUCAGGUCUUCCGGAAAUUCGCCUGCCACCUUUUUCCACCCAGGUGAACAACCGCACCCUGAAUUUUGUGGAAAUGUGUUCCGAGCUCGGACCUGCAAUCGUUCUCGUUCCGAUUAUCGGUGUUCUGGGCAAUGUUGCCAUCGCAAAAGCUUUCGCCAGUGGCAAUAAUGUGGACGCGACUCAAGAACUUUUAACGCUGGGCAUUUGCAACGUUCUCGGAUCUUGCGCGAGUUCAAUGCCUGUCACGGGAUCCUUCAGCAGAUCGGCCGUCAAUCAUGCGAGUGGUGUCAAGACGCCGAUGGGAGGACUUUACACGGGAGUGCUCAUUCUUCUGGCUCUGACGCUGCUCACUCCAUAUUUUUAUUUCAUUCCCAAAGCGUCGCUCGCAGCCGUUAUUAUUUGCGCUGUGAUUUACAUGAUUGAAUACGAGGUUGUAAAGCUCAUGUGGAGGUCUAGCAAAAAGGAUCUAAUUCCAACUUUUGCCACUUUUCUCUUCUGUUUGAUUAUCGGCGUCGAGUAUGGAAUUUUGAUUGGCGUCGCGAUCAACAUCAUGUUUUUACUGUAUCCUUCGGCAAGACCGAAAAUACACGUGGAAAAAUGUCUGACUGAGUCUGGUUCCGAGUAUCUGUUAGUCACACCAGGCAACAGUCUUUAUUUUCCGGCAAUUGACUUUAUUAAACAAUCUGUGGGUCAUGCGGGAAUAAAGCAAGGAUCUAGUCACAUACCAGUUGUUGUCGAUUGCCGGCACGUUUUAGGCGCAGACUUCACUGCAGCCAAAGGAAUUGCUGCCUUGAUUAAUGAGUUCAACAGUAGAAAGCAGGGUCUAUACUUUUACAAUCCGCGUUCCGAUGUCGUCGCAGUUCUACGAGGAGCUUGCGGCGAAGAAUUUCAACAUGUGUCAACUGAAGAUGAAUUGUCGUAUUUAUUAAAUACAAGUCGAGACAAAAAUUCGCAGCAACUUGUGGACCUCAAUCGCGAUAAAAUGUACGAUUCCUUCGCGACGAAUAAUCCUGAACUGACUCAUCGAGGAAAUUACGUAUCCGUCCAUGAAUUGAGCGAGGUGAAGUCGACGCUUCUCCAUGCAUCGGGUAGUUGAAAGUUUUUCUAUAAAGCUCUCUGAUUUUGGGUACAAAUUCUUUUAACUUCUCUGGCGAAUCUUUUUAUAGAUACAUAUAUUAGUACCUACUCUCAUUUUUUCGCAAUUAUCUUCCUACUGUACUGUAGGGCUUGCGACCAAAAAUUGCGUCAACAGAUUUACAUUUUACAUGUAUUUGAAGCCUUUCGUUGUAGAUGUAGUAUUUCCGUACGUAUAGCGCAUACGUAUAACAUGCUCUUACGUCUGAAAAGGAGAGAGAAAGAUUUCUUUUUCAUAUUUCUACUGAAUCGUAGAUUUAUCAGUAGAGCAAUCAAUUUACAACAAGAUCGACGCAAAAUAUAUAAUUAUUAUGCCAUUUAAGCAGGAUAAAUAAGGUUCCGUUCAUAAACUACGUUAUCAGUUUUGGGAAUCUUCAAUCAAGAAAGAAGAUUUUAACAAAACAAUUGAAUUUUGGAUAAUUUAAAAAAAUAGUUGAAUUUUUAUCAAAUAAUUAAAUUUUCAGCAAAAGAGUUAAGAUUCUAUGCUAAAAAGUAGAAUGUGUUAUAAAAAAUCGGGCAUAACAUCAUAACAUUUCUAAAAGAAGAAUUUUCAACAAAAGAGUUGAAUAUUUAAUUUAGAGAGAUAAUUUUUCUAUAAAACAGUUCAAUUUUCAACCCGAUAGUUGAAUCUUUAAC